CCACCACUACCUGGAACCACAGAACCGUGUGGCGGAUGAUUUUGUCCACAUUCUCUCACACGGCACCUCAAACCGGAAGAGAUUUCCGACCUGUUUUUCCGAUACGCCUCAGAAAGCAUUGGUGUUGUGACCUUCAACGUCCGACUGGGCUUCAUGUCCCCCAACCCAGACGAAGACACAAAAACCUUCCUACAGGCGUCACAAGACAUCUUUAACACCAUGAACAAAUCGAUGAACGGGGAGUCGAUAGCUCACACGUGGUACAAGAACAAAACCUACCGGGAAUUCGAGAGAGCUUCUGGAAUUAUAACUAAAAACUCAGCAAAACAUGCUGCACAGGCCAGGAAAGUGAUUGAGGAACAGACAAAAGCAGGAACCUUAAAUCCUGAUGAACCAAACCUACUUCUCUCCCUUAGCGCGGAGAAAGGCUUAGACUUCGACCAAGUAGCGAUGAUCAUUGAUACACUGUAUGUUGCUGGCACUGACUCGACAGCGAAAAACCUCCAAACCUUGUUCUACAACCUGGCAACAAAUCCCGACAAGCAAGAGAAACUACGUCAGGAGAUUCAUGACGUCAUAGGACACGACGGACCCGUCACUCCUCAAGCUAUUUCGGAAAUGACGUAUCUGAAGGCGUGCCUGAAGGAAUCGUUCAGACUCCACCCUCCCACAGUGGGGGUCACCAUGAGGAUAUUACCUACAGAUGUUGUCCUGAGUGGAUACAGGGUACCCUCUGGGGUUCCCGUGAUACUCGGCAACACGACAGCCGGCAAGAUGUACUUUGACAACCCGCAGCAGUACAACCCAGAGAGGUGGUUGCGCUCAUCAGACGGCAGGAAACAGGAGAACAUCCCCAGUUCUGCCGUCUUGCCGUUUGGUCACGGGCCCAGGAAUUGUGUGGGUCAACGUUUUGCUGUCCAGGAGAUUUAUCUGGCAGCUUCAAAGGUGCUACAGAAGCUAAAAAUAGAACUGGAGCGUGAGUCCUGGAACACGGAGUUCAUCUACAAGGUUUUCAUCACGCCAAAACAGCCGCUCAAGUUUAGGUUUACAAAACUUGUUGGGUAAACUGGUGGGGACAGAAUUGGUGUGUCGAUAGUGGAGUGUUAAGUUCUGUAAGGACAGAAUUGGUGAGCCGAUAGUGGGUUGUUGAUUAAAGUGCUGUAAUCAAAGAAUUGUGUCGAUAAUGUAUAGUUGAGUACAUUACUGUAAGGAAAAAUUGACGUGUCAAUAGCGUCUUUCUUAUUUAAGUGGUCUAAUCAAAGAAUUGUGUAGGUAGUGUAUAGUUGAGUAAAGUUCUCUAAGGAAGAAUUGUUGUGUCAAUAGCGUCUUGCUGAGUAAAGUGGUCUAAUCAAAGAAUUGUGUUGAUAGUGUAUAGUUGAGUAAAGAACGGUAGGAAAAGUAUUGUUGUGUUGAUAGCGUGUUGUGAAUAGAAUAUAAUUUGUGCAUUAUUACAUGAGAUGUUUAAGUGAUUUGUAAUUAUAAUUAUUGUAUGACUACUAGCUGUAAUGAAUCCACUUGCAAAACGUGCUAAGUCACAUCAUAUUAUUUUGAGCUGUUUGACUUACAUUUUUCUUCUUAUUAAUUUUAAGAUUUUCGAUUUUUUACUGUUAAAAGUAUAAUACAACAUUCAUUUUAAAAUAUCUAUAGACUACAAUUUUGCCUAAUACUGUAAACGAUAUUAAAUAAAA